UGCCGAUGAUCCUCUGGGAUCCUACAGUGGAAUUUCACGCUAGUGGGAAGUUUGAGAAUUAAUUUAUAUUUUGUGCUUUAAAGUUAUCUGGCAAAUGCAUGUACUGUGAGAUUGAAGUUUAAACGCUUAUAUGAAAGACAGAGGACAUCUAAUCCAGCAUAAGUGGCUAGCCCAGGUUAAUUAACGUUACAUGGAUAUGAAAUGUAUUAGUUAGCUAGCUAGAUGCUUAGCUUAGCCUAGCUUUAUAGAAGCGCUGCAUUUUGCCUUUAACGUUACAUAUAGUUAGCACCACCAUUGUAGAUAUUUUACAUUAGCUCUGAAAAUGCCCAUUAAAUUGACAACUCAGGCGUACUGUAAAAUGUUACUACAUGCUGCCAAAUAUCCUCAUUGCGCCGUGAACGGACUUUUUGUCGCCGAAAAGCAGAAGGAGAAGAAAAAGGACAGUCACAAUGUUCCAGUCAUAUGUGUGGAUUGUGUACCUCUUUUCCAUGGCACCCUUGCUUUAGCACCUAUGUUGGAAGUAGCGCUGACAUUGAUUGACACAUGGUGCAAAGAGAACAGAUAUGUCAUUGCAGGUUAUUACCAGGCUAAUGAACGCACGAAAGACUCAAGACCAAAUCAGGUGGCUGAAAAGGUCACUUCAAGGAUUUCAGAAAACUUCAAUGAGGCCAUCAUGAUUAUUGUGGACAACAGCCGUUUCACCAUGGGAUGCUUUGAACCAAUUGUAAAUAUCUUUGAUCAUCAUGAAAACAAGUGGAAGUGCAGGGAUGCAAGUGUUGACUCUUUUGAAGACUGGGAGGAAGCCCAGAGGAUUACCUCAACACUGCUUGACAGCAGGUCUUACGAGAGCCUGGUAGACUUCGAUAACCAUUUGGAUGAUCUCAGGAACGACUGGACAAACCCUGAAAUUAACAAGUCCGUCCUACAUCUUUGCUAAAAUGCCUUUCUUCAGUGACCUGCAGCAAAGCCAUCAAUGCCAAAUAAAGGGGGACCCCUGUUUGCUAUGGAGUUCGUUCCUGGCAAUUCUGUGUAUGCACACAGGAGGAUCUUUUCUAAACGGUUAAUAGACAAAGCUUGGCAUGGCGCACUCCCAGUUGGAGUCACAUGUGAUAGAGCACCCCCACCCCCCAUUUUUUGGUCUUCUAAAGUACAGUAUCUGAAAAGACUGUACUUGAAUAUGCACAUUUAGUAGGGAAGGGAAUAAUGAUUUUUUUUUAAUUAUAAUAAAUGUUUAAUUUUUCAGUUUCUGUAGCCUGGUAGGAGACGAUGAAAUUAUAGUAACAGAGCCAUUCAAUUGUGCUGCAGGGUUGUAAUUAAAAUGUUAUUAAAAUUAAAAUGUAACUUUAUAGAUAACUGACUAAGUCUUAAUAUAUAUUGUUGUUUAAAAUAUUUUCCUGGUUUACCCUUAGUUAUUAUGUAGACUGAUACUUUGUCAAGGAACACACCUUGAUUUUUAAUGUAAUAUCUUUGGCAAAUUUGAAGUAUUUGUUAUCACGGCGCUGAAUUGAAAUAGCUGGCUUCAUGAACUUCAUGGAGGUAAAUGUUUGUAAAAAGGGAUUUGAAUGAAUGUAAAAUAAAACAUUUUGAGAUAA